AUGGAGGCAGAAGGGGUCGUGCUCGAGCACGCGCCCGCGAAAUCGGCGCUCAAGGACGUGGCCUAUGGAUCCGUAAGCGACAGCUCCGCACAUCCACGGCGACUCGCUCUAUAGCUGAUACACGCCGUCGUCCCUCAGGCCGCAGGUAUUGUCUCCAAGCUGUUCGAACAUCCCUUUGAUCUCGUCAAGGUACGCGGGCUGAGGGUUCCGCAUCGAAGCUGCUCAAGCUGACGUACCGCUGUGCUCGACACUCCCAUCAGGUCCGAUUGCAAUCACAACCUUUCGAUCAGCCACUCAAGUUCAACGGACCAUGGGACUGCAUAAUUCAAACCUUGAAAAAGGAAGGCCUGCUCGGCUUAUGGAGGGUCAGUCUACGGCGCACUCUGCACGCUUAAGUUCCACUGCCCUCCUCGGCACUCUUCGGCUGACCUUAAGCGAUCCGUCUCCUCCGUCGGCUCACCACCGUGUGACACGUCAACUUUUUCGGCUGCAACUUCGGUCGGCCGACAAAGGGUGUAUCAAUGCCAGUCGGAGGCGCCAUGGCCGAAAACGCGACCCUGUUCGUCGUCUACAACCAAACCCAGGCCUUCCUUCGUCGUCUGUCCCCACCUCCCUCAGCGCCCCUCGACCCCUCCGCCGCGCCCGUGCUCAAUUUCUCCCAUCUCGCCAUCUCCGCCGCCGCCGCAGGGGCAUGCGCCUCCUUCGUGCUGACCCCGGUCGAGCUCGUCAAAUGCAAGAUGCAAGUCCAAGGCUCGUUGCAACCUUCCUCCGUGCCCCAACGAGGCCCCGUCUCCAUCUUCCGUUCCAUUCUCAAAGUCGACGGUAUCAGGGGACUCUGGCUCGGUCAAACGGGGACCCUGAUUCGUGAAACCGGUGGAUCGGUCGCCUGGUUCUCCGCCUUCGAAUUCUGUUCGUCCCAACUCAUUGAACGAAGGCAUCGAGCAGGUCAAGUGUCCAAGACGGGUGCACGAGUGACCAAAGCCGAUUUAUCCGCAUUCGAACUCAUGGCUUCAGGAGCGGCCGCGGGUGUAUCGUACAACUGUGUUCUCUUCCCAGCGGAUUGUAUCAAGUCGACGAUUCAAGUUGAGGAUGAGAUGAAGGGGGGCAGGAUGGUUGGGGAGAAGAGGAGGUCCUUUCUGCAAGUUGGGAAGGAUAUCUAUAGAGCGAGGGGGAUCAAAGGGUUGUAUCAGGGGUGUGGGUUGACUGCGUUGAGGGCAGCACCGAGCUCGGCUUUGAUUUUUUACAUGUACGUUGUUCUGCGUUUCGUUUUCUGGGGGCGGUGA